UAUUUCGGUCUGACGCAUACAAAAUGGCCCAGGCACAUGUACGUUGUGCGAUAGAUCCUCCUUGCCCAAGGCAUCCUAAAAGUGAAGCUAUUUUUGUAUGUCUCGAAAACGAAUGCGAGGAAGCACUAGCUUGUCCCGAAUGCAUUGUAGGGGAUGGGGAUCACAAUAAACAUGAAAUAACUUUACUGAAGAAUCACUUGGAUACCUUUAAGAAAAAAAUCACUGACUUUAAAACAGAUACUAGAGAACAAAUACUUGCUCCAUUGAAAGAAAUGGUAGACAAAGUAGCAGACGAGCUAGAAACAUUGGAUCCUGCUACGUCAACUAUCCUCGAAGAAAUCGACGCAAGGGGGAAACAAAUUAUUGAUCGAACAAACACAUUAGUAACCGAACUUAAAGCAAAAUGUAGUCAAAUCGGAGCAUCCAAUCGACAGAUGAUGGAGCAAUAUCAAAGAAGGCUCUUGGAUAAGAUCACCGAAAUCGAGGCUGAUAUCACUGCGCUUGACAAUUCCCUUUCUGCUGAUUGUAAGGCAGAUAUUGUCAAUGGAGCAAAAACAGCACUAUGCAAGAAGUACCAAGAUUUACCGUAUCCUGACAAUAUCAAAGAGAUAUCUUUCAAACGCAGCGAGACUCCCCUGAAUAACGUCGCAACCCUUUUAGGGAUAAUUGUGAUUGGAAAUGAACAACCGGUGAGGGCAGAAACAGAUACCGAAAAGAUCAAACGCCUAGAGAAUUCCAUCAAAGACAUGGAAAAAACGGGUAAAGAUUAUCAAGCCCAUAUCAGGAAGUUGCGAGACGAAUUACAGAAUGCAAGAAAAGUGAAAACAGCUGAUGCACACGAAAAGAAAGAAAUGCAGGACUCUAUUGAUGAUUUGAGAGCAAAAUUAGAACAAAGCAGAAGUGCCAUGCAGCAGUUAACAGAUUGUCAGUCGUGCCAUAAACCAAAGCCGUCUUGUAGAUGUAUAACCUGCCCUAAUUGUCAGUACAGAGGGACUGACUUCACACUCGGCGACACUCAGCAGGCAAGCACCAACAGUGAGACGAAUGGAAACGAGGUUGGCCUGUUGUAA